CUGAGCGACUAGCUAGCAAGCUGUCAAGCUGUCAAGUGGAGAGGCUGGGACAAACGUUUCGGCUUCUCUAUAUUUGGCCAUAUAAAGCUCCGGCCCACAAUUUCACACGAAAAUAUUUUAGAAUAUACAUUAGUUCGCCAGCUGAGAUAAUGUAAUGCAUCACGGGCUUACGCAAACAGGGAGCUCCGCACUUACACAAUUUAUAUGCACUGAGUCUUGAGUGACGAUUGCUAGCUAAGUAGCUAGCUAGCUUAGCUAAACAGCAAACCCCCCCUCGUCUCGUCGGUGUAACCCUCUCUGGUGUGAACUGCGGCCAGCCAGUUCUUGUCACUGUCGCAGCUUCUGUUGCUGUUAACUGCUAUUUUGGAUAUUAGGUGUUAAGAGGGACAAUGGGGGCGUUUUUGGACAAGCCAAAGAUGGAAAAGUAUAAUGCCCAUGGUGAGGGUAACAACUUGAGUUAUGGUCUAAGUAGUAUGCAGGGCUGGCGGGUAGAGAUGGAAGAUGCACACACGGCUGUGAUUGGCUUGCCUCAUGGUCUCGACCUCUGGUCAUUCUUUGCUGUUUAUGAUGGUCAUGCUGGCUCUCAGGUGGCCAAGUACUGCUGUGAGCACCUACUGGAGCACAUCACCAGCAAUCCAGACUUCCAGAGUGCUCUAGAGGAAGAACCCUCUGUGGAUAGUGUGAAGAAUGGAAUCCGCACAGGUUUCCUGCAGAUUGAUGAACACAUGCGAACCAUCUCUGAGAAGAAGCAUGGUGCGGAUCGCAGUGGCUCCACCGCAGUAGGUGUGAUGAUUUCUCCAGGCCAUGUCUACUUCAUCAACUGUGGAGACUCGCGGGGGCUCCUGAGCCGAGGCGGAGCUGUGCACUUCUUCACACAGGAUCACAAGCCAAGCAACCCACUUGAGAAGGAGAGGAUUCAGAAUGCUGGUGGCUCAGUUAUGAUCCAGCGAGUUAACGGGUCCCUAGCUGUGUCACGGGCUCUGGGAGACUUCGACUACAAGUGCGUGCAUGGAAAAGGCCCCACAGAGCAGCUUGUGUCACCUGAGCCUGAAGUCUAUGCAAUAGAGAGAUGUGAGGGGGAAGAUGAGUUCAUUGUGCUAGCUUGUGAUGGCAUCUGGGAUGUCAUGGCCAAUGACGAACUGUGUGAGUUUGUCAGGUCCAGGCUAGAGGUGACAGAUGAUCUUGAAAGAGUCUGCAAUGAAAUUGUUGACACCUGCUUGUACAAGGGAAGCCGGGACAAUAUGAGUGUUGUGUUAAUCUGCUUCCCAGGGGCCCCAAAGGUAUCUCCAGAAGCUGUGAAACGGGAGAUGGAGCUGGAUAAAUACCUGGAGGGCAGAGUAGAAGAGAUCAUCAAGAAGCAGGGUGAUGAAGGGGUCCCAGAUUUGGUCCAUGUAAUGCGAACGUUAGCAUCUGAGAGCAUCCCAAAUCUCCCUCCUGGAGGAGAGCUGGCAAGCAAACGAAGCGUUAUUGAAGCGGUGUACAACAAACUCAACCCCUACCGAAGUGAUGACACAGACUCAGCGUCCACAGACGACAUGUGGUAACACAACCUCCUACCACUAACACAGCAUAGAGUUUACAAACCACCACCCUCUCAAGACCCACAGCAGCUCAGCUCAGCAGUCUGUCUCUCCGCCACUCUGAGCAUUUGGUUUCUAAGAAGGGAAUACAUGGGAGGAGGAGGAAGAGGAGAUGCAUGCACACAGCCCUGGAAUAGUGCAGCACCAGUCCACUCUGGAGUUCAGGAUCCCCACCGUCUUGUCUCCCCUUUAUGUUCAUCCACCUUAAUACUCCCCUCUAAAGUAAUCCAUAACAAGUGAGUCCACCAGGUCUUCUUUCUUUUUUCCUUUUUUUCUUCUUUUUUUAAGUAAUCCGCUUAAGUAGUAAGAUUUUUUUUUUGCUGUAAUUAAUUUGAUUCACAUUUCCUUGUGUGUGUUUGUAUAUUUCUGUUUUUGUGAAGUGCAAUUGUCCUGUACAAACAGCCUGUAUUUAAUGCAGCUUGAUUUUAAGUUAAAAAAUGAAAGAAAUGAAAAAGAGAACCUUUUAUGCACUAUCUGCCUUUUUCCUGCUCUUCUGGAGUUCUAACAAAUGUCUAUUCAGUGAAUUAUUACUGUUUGUCCUCCAGGCACUAUGUCUUUCUGCUUUUGCUUUUAUUUUUAUUUUUUAUUUUUGUUUUUUGUUUUUUUUUUUUUUUAGGUUUUUGCUCCUUAAGAAACGGGUAAAUUGUAUAGGUUGACAGCACAGUAAGCUCUCUAUAUCAAACCAUUCAAAUCCUAAUUAUUUUCUUUUUCCUGUGCUUUUUAUUGUAUUUUAUUUUUGUAUGUGGUUUUCUGUACAUGCUCAAAUAAUAAUGGCAAAGUGUUUCUCAGUCAUUUUUGGAAGUGGAGUGAAAAAAUUGUUUUCAUUUCCUUAAGGCAGAUGAUGGAAAUAAGGAGUUUCAUUGUAUAAUGAUAAAGCUCAUCGAGACCCCUGUUAGCACAUUUGUCUGUUCAAAUAGCUAUGUACUUGCAAGCGUGCGUGGGUGCUUGCGUGUAUGUGUGUGCGCACGUGUGUUUGUGUAGAGGUAGAUCUGUAUGUGCAACUCUAACUUAACUUUGCUACAGUAGUUGAGAUAGCAAAGCAACACAGGCUGGAGCUUAAGGGAAUUGCUGUCCCAAUGCCUACCCAUUGUCUGCCCUUUUCAGCCAUUUUUCCAUAUCAAGACAAAAUAGGUUUUCACUACUCCUUAUUCCAAGAGCUUUGGAUAACAGUUUACAUGCUGUAAUGCUAUUUGAACAACUUAAAGCUAUAUAUCAUAACUCUACUGUAAUAUGAGACGACACAAGUAGUUCAAUUUACCCAUGACACAUAAUGGUUUGUAGCUAGUCAGGGCUUUGACUGGUUUACACACCUUUUUUUACAUCAUGUUUGAAUAUUGUCACCUAAACAUGCAUUUGUUACCAGUGCCCAUCAUGGGUGCCAUAUGAUUUCCGAUCUCUUGUUUCAGCUUUAUGACCUGCUAUGCCAAGUUUUUUUUUUCCACAAAAUUCAGAUUUUGUAUGUGGUAUAAAUAGACUUUUGUGAACAGUUUAAGCACUGACUGUUUAAGAGAAAAUCACCCGUCGCCAGUCUGAAAAUAGGAGAAACUGCCGACUAUUAACAUCGAAGGUGGUUCUUCUCAAAUGGUCUUUAUUUGGAGAUUUUAACAAAGAACAAAUCGGCUAACUGCAAUGAGGUCUCAUGGUUGUAUAGCACGUUUUUUAUUCCCAUUGUGUUUGCUCUGCUUAAACCCUCCCCCACUGCACCAGAAGCCAGAGCACAAUACAGUUUGCUGCUAGUGUAUAAUCUGUGGGUUGAUUUGCAGUUCAAUUUUCCCUUCUUUUAAAAGAUGAAUAGUCACCGACUAAAUCUGUAUUUAACACACAGAUAUGUUUCUUGAAGAGAAAUGGUUUUUAUUUCAGAUUUAUUUUCUGCCGUUAAUUGUCUAAAAUGGCAUUGUUUGAAAUUUAUGUAUGUAUAUAUUUUUGAUUUAAACUUAAAAGGAAUAAAUCAUGUCGCUUGAGUUAGUUUUUUUUUUUUUUUUUUUUUGCUGUGGACAAAAUGCCAUUCUGUUUUGUCUUGGAUGGUUAAUCUGUCAGAGUUGAAUUUUUAGGCAUAUUAAUAUUUAGGCUUCCCUCUAUCACUUUGAUGUCCCUCUGAUGUUUACUCAGGGUUUGGACAGCUUUAUUUAUGUAACACAUCAUAAUGUACUAAAUUUAUAAAUCUUUGUUUAUCCAAGUGACAAUCCUAACUAUUUCACUACAUUUGGGUUUGUGGUGCAUAGUGAGUUAUUGUACCUUUAACAGAACACAGAGCUUCACUAUUAUUUCAGUAAGGUCCACAAUUAACUGCUUUUUUAUUGUGCAUAUGUGGCAAAAUGGCCAAAGAUCACUUAGAUUUUGUAAUUGCCAAGCCUAUAUUGCAGGAAUUACAAUAUUGUAUAAAGUGCAGAGGACCUACUUAUCAGAUCAGAAGAUGUUAGUUGUUAAGCCCUAGAGUAUGGCAUUGGCUCGAUUCUGAGUUUACCUUGAAAUGAAUGAGAUUUCCAAGCAGACAAUUAUUGUAGCCUUAAACAGUGUGAAGUAAAUCACACUGCUGUCCACAAAAUAACAGUGUUGUCAUAAUAAUUCUAUUCAGAAAACAUCAGAGUGCUUUAGAAGUAGCAGUUCACUCAAAACCAUCAACAGGGCUUCUUGAAAUAGGGAAACUGAAUUCUUGUGACUUUGCAUCAAAAAGUAAUUUCAUUGACUUUUCCCUCCCAACAUGUAAAAAAGAACCACAACUACAAAGAAGACUGCUAAAACCCACCAUACUAAAAACUGUUGUCUUGAAUAUUUUGUCUUUUUGUUCAACUCUACUACAGUACUUAACUAAUAUGGUGUAAAUGAUCGAAGUCUAAACUCUUCAGGCGAUUCAUUGUUUCACAGCCUCAGAUUGGGUAGGGAAUUCGUAUAAAUGUAUUUCAAAAUGGCUUUUUGAUUACACACGCAGUAAGUUUAAAUAGCAUCUGUGUAACUGUAUAAUUUUGCUUGUAUUUGGUAGGUGAGGUCACUUACAGACACUGUUGUCAACCAGUUUUCAGCACCUAACAACUUAUUAUAAACUUGAUAGGUGUUGAUGACUCUUAGGUGAACGUAUGCAUUUUUUUUUUGCCCACUUAAUAUUGAACAUACAUAAGUUUUUCAGGGACAUCUCUUAAUUUUAGAUGCCUGUACCACUGGACUUUAGUGCAUUUCCCCCAGAAAUUCCUCAACUCAGUGAAGACGUGGCCCUAAAAUGAUGCUGGUCUAUAAUGCAUUAUGCUUUUAUGCAAAUUCGACACAUGUCUCUAACAGGUUAAUUUCGGGAGAAUUCAAAAUUGUCUAUUGACUAAUUAGCAUUGUAUGUUGCUGUAGUGUGAUAUUUACAAUGGCUUGGCUGUGAUUUCACACGUUUGGGUGUUUUGCUUAUGUUAUGCCCACCUUCCAGCGCACGUUUCUACCCCCCCUUGACAAGUAUGAACAACAUAAAAAUGAUCCCAAUCAUCCACUCCUUGUUUUAAAUUUUCAUGAAACUAAAAUACCUCAUAAUAUUUAUAGGAAGUGUUUUUGUCUUGUGUUUUGUAGAUCAAAAUGGUUUAGAAAGCAGCCAUUUUCUGGAGAUUGACAUUAGUGAGAGCAGUUUUCUAAAGCCUUGUUGUGUCUGGCCUCUAGAACUUAUGAUAUUGUAACACUGAUCCAUUUGAAUGCGGUAAGCCUAUGCUUAUGUACAGUAUUUGACUGAAGUGUGCUAAUGAGGAAAAAAUGAAGUGGCCACCACAAAUGACGGCUCAUUUUAGUAAGUAGGAACACUAUUGACCUUGUCUGAUAAGACAGUUCUCCCUCAAACAAUUGCCCUCCAACCCUCACUUGUGUUAUUUCACCAACUGGUCCACUUCUGUGAUGUUCACUUAGUUCAGAAAUCUAGAAUUGUAUCAAAGUUCAGGGUUUUAGAAAUGUGAGAUGUAUGAGAUAUUAGGUGUGACUAAAUGACAAUAGUCAUAUGCACUGAUCAUCUGUAUAAUCAGCUUUUUUUCAUAAAAUUGUUAUUGUACAAAAAAGAUUAUAAAGCUAUUGACAGGGUUACCUUUAGUUGCCUGGAAUGCAUUCUGUAUAUUCUUGUACAGAGGUCUACCUGGCGGAAGUUGAAGAGAUUUUUAAUGCUUGCGCCCUCUUGUACAUAUUGAUGUACCUUGGUGAUGGCGUUUACUGUGUGACCCUUAGCAGUGGUGGUUUAUAUGUCCCUUUGCAGGGAGACCUGAGCCUCACUUUGCUGACCUUUUCAGCUCAUAAAUAAGCUCACCGAUUUGCCUUACCCAAUCUCAUGUUGCCCCCUAAAGUACAGUUGUUCAACAGAACACUAUGAGGAGUAAUGCUACUGACAUUACAGUCUUAUAGAGCAAAAUCUCUCUCCAUGUUAGGGUACUUACAGUAUCAACAAAGUGACUCUCUGUCUUGGUAGUCACAAGGUACAGCUUUUCAACCAUUGCUGGUUUAUAUACAAUUUUCCAUGUUACCUUGUUGGAUCUUGAUCUUGAAAGCUUAUUUAAUUUUUCACUGCAGAUGAUGUCAUACUUUUAACAAAUGCAAGUGUUUAACACGGUAACCUCGUAAGCAUUCAAAAUGUGCAUACAUACAUUCAUGUCUGCUAUAUUUAUGAUUAAAUUCAACAAUAGCUUUAGAGUGCUGUAGAUAAGUAUUGUCAAUGUUGAUUCAAAUGCUUCUCAGAGGCCUCUGUGAGUGAUUUUACAAAGUUCAAUAACUGUAUAUUUUGUAUUAUGUUCUAGCUCCAAAGGAAUGGCAGAAAAAAAAGAAAAUGUUAAAAAAAGCUUUGUUCCCUGAACUAAAUUGUACUAUUUGUGUUGUCGAUUGAACAAAUUGCAUUCCUCGCUUGUGAAUUGAUGCAUUUCUCUCCUUGCUCCCUGAAUUUCUUCCCCUUCUUUCCCUCCUUUCUUUCAUUUUUUAGCUUUUGAAGUUUGAAUAAAAUUUCUAGUUUGCAGAAUGUAUCACUAAAUAAAUGGGUUGUUACCUUGUA